UGGGGGUUUGUGGCAACAUCAUUUCUCCCAUAUUGUCCACAGACGUAAUAAAACAUGUUAUCCUAAAUAUGUUAUAUUUGGAGUAUCCAUUUCCACCACUCAAAUUUGGCAGCCAUUCCACUAUGAAUUGGAAACCUCGUGGAAGCUAAUCUUCAUUGCUUCAGUGUUGUUAAUUUAUCUUCAAAACUGUUGAGUUAAUUUUGUACUGCAAUUGAAGGAUUGCCUUGUGGGCAUAAAGUAAUAAUGAAAUUUAGGGCAGAAUCUCUCAUUUUGCGCUCUACAUUUUUUAUUUUGAUCAUCAUAAUAGCCCAGAAAUGUGAUUACCUUUUGUUGGUCAUGGGACAGAAAGUGCCUGCUGUUUUUGUGUUUGGAGACUCCUUUGGAGAUACAGGGAAUAAUGAUUUUACUGCUACAAUAGUUACUAGUGAUUUUCCUCCGUAUGGAAGAGAUUUCAAAGAUCAUAUUGCCACUGGAAGGUUCUCCAAUGGAAAGCUCAUGUCCGACUACUUUGCUGAAGGACUUGGAAUCAAGGAACUGUUGCCCCCAUAUUUGGACCCAAACCUCAAGGCCCAAGACUUGCUAACUGGUGUCUGUUUUGCAGCUGCUGGUGCAAGUUUAGACAAUCUCACUUUCCAAAUAUUGAAUGUGAUACCAUUUGGGAAACAAAUUGAGUAUUUUAAAGAGUAUAGAAAAACAAUAACAGGGCUGGUGGGAGAGGAAGAGGCCACCACCAUAAUUAGAAAGGCGAUAUUUUUCAUUACUAUAGGCUCCAAUGACUUUGGUUACUACUUCCUAGUCUCACCUCGUCGACUUCAGUUCAAUGUUCAAGAGUAUACAGAUUUCCUCUUGAAUACAUACACAGUUUAUAUCAAGGAAUUAUACAGUCUGGGUGCCACUAGAAUUGCUUUGAUUAAUCUUCCACCAUUGGGAUGUCUACCAAUAGAGAGAACGCUUACAAGCCUUAGGAACAAGGGAGCAUGUGACGAAGAGAGAAACGAGGCUGCAUCUGGAUUCAACUCAGGAUUAAAUGCCAUGAUUGAUGGACUGAAACCUGCUUUUCCUAACCUUAAAAUUGUUUCUCUCGAUUACAACAAUCUGAUUUCUGAAUUGAUUGCAAAUCCUAGCAAAUAUGGCUUGGAGGUGAUUGCAAGGGGUUGCUGUGGGACGGGCAUAGUUGAAAGUUUGUUCGUGUGCAACCAGUUAAGUCCCUCUACAUGCCCUGAUGCUUCCAAAUAUCUCUUCUUUGAUUCCGCCCACCUUACUCAGAAGGCAUAUCAAAUCAUUUCAAAUGUAUUUCUUACCCGAGAUGUUCCUCAACUUCUUUAAAACUUGGUUUAUAAUUUUACAAGUUUGCAAUUGCAUAUGAUUGGCUGCAAAGGUGUCAUAUCCCCUAAAAAUUAUGUUAAUACUUUUGUAUGAGCCUAGUGCCAAUGUAAUUUGGACUGGGGAUGGAAUUUUAUCCAUAUUGUUAUAUGGGCAUAUUUAUAUGUGUGUCAGUAUUGAGCUUUGAUGUUAAUAUUAUUGAAUGUAAUUAUUAUUUUUAUUAUUA